AUAAAAAAAUAAUGUCACCGUGUCAGCCAAAUAGUACUAUUUUAUAUUAUUUUUAGAUGAAAUAGCUUCAAUUUUAUUAAUAUUUAUCUGCUUUAGAUAAGUGAAAAUCAUGUGUGUUCUACGUAGUUUUUAAAUGAAAGACAAAUCCUUGUAUCCCGACAUCAUGGGGAUUAUGUACGAGACACGGCCGCUAAAACGGCCUCGUUUAGGACCUCCUGACGUUUAUCCGCAAGAACCUCGUCAGAAGGAGGACGAACUCACGUCCACAAACGUAAAACAUGGCUUUUCUACAUCACCACCAUCCAGCGAUGAAUUCGGUACAGCAAGGAAUUCCAAUUACUCUGCUACUAAGAUUGGCCAGUUUUUUUCUGGAAUAUUAUCAAAAAAAGAGGAAUUAAAUACCCUACCGGACUGUGGUCGUAAAAGACAACAAGUUAAUCCUAAGGACAACUUUUGGCCGGCAACUGCUCGUACUAAACCACAAAUUGAGGCUUGGUUCAAAGACCUAGCUGGGAGUAAACCACUUUCUCAACUGGCGAAGAAAGCACCAAACUUCAAUAAAAAGGAGGAGAUAUUUAUAACAUUGACAGAAUUCCAAGUCUCCAUGCCCAGAGCUGCCUGGUUUAUAAAACUUAGCUCUGCAUAUACUGUAGCCGUGUCAGAAGCCAAAAUAAAAAAACGGCAGUUGCCGGAUCCUACCACAGAAUGGACAACAACCUUGAUAAAGUUCCUAAAAGACCAAAUACCUAAAUUAGCAGAAUACUAUCAAAAUGCUGUGCCUGGUAGUGUUUCUGAUAAAACUCCUCCUUCACAGUCCGGCCAAGCUACUCCUGGACACAAUUCUUCAGGCAAUCCACCAGGGGGCUCCACUCCAAAUAGUACCUCAGUACCUAAUUCUAUGCACUCACCUGGAAAUACCAGUGCACUGGGUUCGUCAACUCCUGGUCAUUCAGAGAGCACAGAUUGGAGGCAGGCGCUCAAACUGUGGAACUACUGUUGUCGCCUUGCCAAGUACAUGCUGGACGAAGGCCUGCUCGACAGGCAGGACUUCCUCACUUGGAUUAUUGAUUUACUUGACAAAAGAGCGGCUGACGAUGGACUGUUAAGGUUGUUCCUACCGCUCGCGCUGCAACACAUGAGCGAGUUCGUGUGCUGCGAGGGUCUGUCGCGGCGCCUCGCCACCACCUGCGCCAAGAAGGCGGCCCUCAUCUGCUCCGUCCUCUCGGAGGCUACUCUGCGCUCUCUGAACCAGCCCGCGGUGUUCCCCAAAACCCCUGACGGCACUAGAGAAACAAACGGAGCGCCAAUGUCGCCGGCAGCUGAAACAACCAACGGCGACGUAAAGCCUAAUAUAGCGAACAUAAAGCGGUCCGGGACCCCCGCCGACCAGAACCAGGGCACUCCAAACCCCAACCACUCCAUAGGUACCCCUAACCCGAACCUUGGCACUCCCAAUCCUUUAGGAACACCCAACCCUCAGCCCAUGGAGGUUCAAGUGAAAGAAGAGAAUGUCUCGCCUCCUAUGGAGACGAAGCCAACCGUUAACGCUGUGGUAACGGCUGCAUUGAAUCCGGUGCAAGUGGGCUUCGGAGACAUUCUGAACUGCCAAUAUCACAGAGAUGUUAUCAUCCAGCUCGCUACCAUCCUGCAGAUAAUUUGCGUGGAAUGUCCAACGGCGAUGGUGUGGUCGGGCUGCGGGUCGUCGCUGGCGGGGUCGCCGCUGGACCAGCUGCCGCUGCCGCCGUCCGCGCUGCCCAUGCCCUACAUGGACUGCGACAGCACCGAGCGACAUCGCCGGAUGGUUUACGAAGCGGAACAAGAGAUUUCCGCCCGGAGCAAAAAAGCUGAAAGCAAAUGGUGUACGGACAAAUGGCAAACCAGUUCACAAGCUCGAGUGUUGGCAGUUCUAGAAGCGUUGGACAGGCAUUGUUUCGACAGUGUGGACACCAACAACAAUUUGGACACUUUGUACAAAGAAGUGUUUGCGAACUGCACGCCGCCCACCAAAGAUGCUAACGAUAUGAAAGAUCCGGAAUGGGCCGCCCCGUACGCGGUGGUGCGAGUGUUGUGCGAGUGGGCGGUGUGCAGCGCGCGCUGGGGGGAGCACCGCGCGCUGGCCGCGGCUGCGUUGCUGGACCGCCGCCAGCACCAGCUCAUACACCACCACGACCACGCCAACCAAGGCCAUGAUGAUAAAGAAUCCAUCAGUUCCGGUACAGGGAUGUACAGUGGCCCGCCAAUAUUCCAAAAUCUACUGUUACGAUUCCUAGACAACGACGCCCCUGUUUUAGAUGAAAGCCCGAAUGCGCCGCCCGGCAAUAGACAGCAGUUCGCGAAUCUAGUUCACUUGUUCGGCGAACUCAUUCGGAGAGAUGUUUUCUCGCACGACGCUUACAUGUGCACGCUUAUAUCUAGAGGUGAUCUGAUAUCCCCAACUGAGCCGACAUCGACCGGCGCCCCGCAGGUGUCGCAGGCCAACAGCUGCAACACCAACCACAACAUGGACGACGAUAUCUUCGCGGGCAUCGACCUCAAGCCCAAGAUGGAGGAAAAUGUACGCAUGGACCUGGACGACUCCAAAAUCGACGAUGACUUGGACAAGCUCCUCCAACAUAUCAAAGAGGACCAGCAAAAUUCUAUGGACGCUCCGGACAGCCCCAAAGACCCCGGGGAGCCCUCGCAUAGUGUAAAUUCUCCAAUGAUGGGACCAAGCGGUAUGUCCAUUCCGGGCAUGCCUUCCAUGGGAAUGGGACCAAUGACUGGUAUACGCACCACAAGCUCGGGCCCGUCAAGCGCGAGCGGCGCAGCGCACGCGGCGGCGGCUAACGGUGCGGCGGCGGGCGGGGCGGGGGCGGGGGCGGGCGGGGGCGCGGUGUCGCGUCACUACCACUACACCAUGCACUUCCCGCUGCCGCCCGCGGAGCCCGACCACACGCCGCACGACGCCAACCAGCGCCACAUACUGCUGUACGGCGUCGGCCGCCAGCGCGACGACGCCAAGCACGCCGUCAAGAAGAUGACCAAAGAAAUAUGUAAACUUUUUUCGAAAAAAUUCUCCAUUGACGUUGCGGAGGGUGGAAAAAUAAAGAAGCACUCUAGAAGUGAGUUUAACUUUGAAGCUGUCACACAGAAGUUCCAGGCGAUGUCGAUGUACGAGCAAGGGGCGGUGUCGUGGGCGGUGGGCGGCGCGGUGUGCGAGGCGCUGGCGGCGUACGCGGCGGGCGCGAUCACGUAUCUGCCGCAGCCCGAGCACGUCGCCUUCGCGCUCGACCUCAUGGAGAUCGCGCUCAACGUGCACGGCCUCAUCGAGACUUGUAUACAGAUUUUGAAAGAAUUAUCGGAAGUGGAAAGCGCGUUGUCAGCUCGCGGCGCCCCGAGCAGCGGGUUGGCGGCGCCCCGAGCGUACACUUCCGCGUUAGCUCUCUACACCGUGGGGGCCCUGCGGCGUUACCACUCGUGUCUAUUGCUGUGCGUGGAACAAACAUCAGCGGUGUUCGAGCAACUCUGCAGACUGGUGAAAUGCGUGGUAAAUCCCGGAGACUGUGGCUCGGCCGAGCGCUGCGUACUCGCGCAACUGCACGAUUUGUACAAAGCUGCGGCCCAUCUCUGCCACGCACCACACGCCGACACCUUCGCCAACGCAUAUCCUAAGAUCAAACAAGCUCUCUACUCAUCUCUCCAGCCGACUCCAUCCAACUACGUGUACAAUCCUCAGUUCCUAAGCGAGUUCUUCACAAAUCCUCGCAAGGGUAAAAUCGAAAUAGCGUGGGCGCGCCAGGUGGCAGAAUCGCCCGCGAAUCGGUACAGCUUCGUGUGCUCAGCCAUGCUGGCCGUUUGCAGGGAGGUCGAUAAUGAUCGGGUAAACGAACUGGGCGUUCUCUGCGCGGAAAUGACCGCGUGGUGCAGCGGACUAGCGGCGGAGUGGCUCGGGGCGCUAGUGGCGCUGUGCGGGGCGCAGUACUACCCCGCCGCGCCCCACGCCGCGCCGCCGCCCUUCUACCCAGACCUGCUGCACCACCGGGACUUGCAUGACGCCGCCGCGCAUGACGCAUUAGCUGUCUUCACGUGUAUUCUUGUGGCCCGUCAUUGCUUCUCACUGGAGGAUUUCGUGCGGCACGCGGCAUUGCCAUCUCUAGUGAAAGCGUUCGGGGGCGCCGGACUCAACGGGAACCCAGCCAACGCGCCAUCGCCUGACACCGGCGCGAGGCUCACCUGCCAUCUGCUGCUGAGGCUCUUCAAGACCCUGGACACGCCGCAGCCAGGUUUAUAUUCCGUGUCGACGUCCCCGGGCCCCGGCGGCGGGGGCGCAGGCGUUCGACUAUCAUGUGACAGGCAUCUGCUUGCCGCUGCGCAUAAAAACAUCGGUGUAGGACCCGUUCUAGCAACACUAAAAGCUAUUCUGAUGCUUGCUGAAUCGCGAGCAUGUGACGGCGACAAACCGGGCGACAAAAAGUCGUGCGAAUUAUCGCACAUAUUGGGAACUAGCGACUCAGGCCCUACGGACGCGCAGCUCGAUCUCAUGUCGAUGGUAGACUCAGAGAUGAGUGGGGGCCAUAGAACGCCUAGAGGUAACGGUGGCGUGGGUUCGACACUCCUGGACUCGUCGCAGUCGCUGUCGUCGCUCGCGCGCCGCGUGUUAGUUGAAAUCUGCUCGGAGGAGUGGGUGCUGCAGAAGUGCCUGCAGAACCCGGAUGAAUUGUACCAACCGGAUAUGCUGCUCGAUUCUAUGUUGACGCCGAAACAAGCUCAAAGACUAUUACACAUGAUAUGCUACCCUGACUCGGCGAGCCACACUCAUCCCGAUCUCGAUCAGAAGACUAUGAUCACUAGAUUAUUGGAGAACUUAGAACAAUGGUCCCUACGGAUGUCAUGGCUGGACUUGCAGUUAAUGUUCAAGCAGUUCCCGAACGGUUCGUCGGAACUGAACGCGUGGCUGGACACCGUGGCUCGAGCCGUCAUCAACGUGUUCCAGCAGGUGGCGCCCCCGCCGCCCGACAGAGACAGAAUGGGCACCGACCGUGGAGUAGUGAGCACGAGUAAAUGGCCUGAAUCCGUGUGGCUGGUGGCGCCGCUGGUCGCGAAACUACCGCCCGCUGUGCAAGGCCGUGUACUCAAACAAGCGGGACAGAUAUUGGAGAGUGGUUGGGGCGCGGGCUGCAGCGGCGGCUGCGCGAGCGGCGGCGGCGGCGGCAGCGGCUCGCAUCGCGACUGCAAGAGUCACCAGAGCCCUAGCUAUAAAGGGUCAAGUGGAGGCGGUGGGGGCGGAAAACGCGGUGUGAGCAGCAACUGCAGCGGCGGCUGCGGCUGCGGGGGCAAUGCGGUGCGCCUCGCAAACGAACCGUUGCUGUCUUUAGUGCUCACUUGCCUCCGACACCAGGACGACCAAAAGGAAAGCCUGUUGAGUUCGAUCCACGCGCAACUCCAACACUACCUGACGCACGCGCGCGAUCACGAGCGCGCCGCGUGCGGAGACACGUGGCAGGACGAGGCGGCGCCCGAAGCGCUGCAGCUGCGCUUCUCCCUCGCGGGCGGCAUGUUUGACGCUAUCCGCCGCUCCUACCAGCUCACCUCUGAUUGGGCGGUGCUGCUCACGCAACUGUUGGCGCAUCAAGUCAUUGACGCUUACAACAACAGCCUAUGCCGCAGCAACUUGUUCACCACUCUAAUUGACAUGCUGGCAACACUGAUCCACUCGACCUUGGCCGAGGGCGGCGACGACAACAACCGGAAGCACUACCAGAACCUGAUGAAGAAGCUGAAGAAGGAGGUCGGCGACAAGCACGGGCCCUCCGUGCAGGCCGUGAGGCAGCUCCUGCCGCUCUCCAAGAAUACUAUCAUCGAGGUAAUAGCGUGUGAGCCACUUGGAUGCUUAAUGGACCAAAAAGGAAACAAGAUAUCUGGAUUCGACAGUGACAAAAAACAGGGUCUCCGGCUAACAGACAAACAGCGCGUGUCGAGCUGGGAGCUGAUGGAAGGCGGACGCAACCCCGCGCCGCUGUCGUGGGCGUGGUUCGCCGCCACCAAGGUCGAGAGGAAACCGCUCACCUACGAGACUGCGCACAGAUUACUGAAGCACCACACACACAGCUUAGUGAAACCCCUCAGCUACUACCUGGAACCGCUGCCGCUACCGCCGGAGGACCUCGAAGCCAACGACAGCAAGCAGGACAAUGGCAGUUUGGAUUCGAGCCCCACAGGCGCAGGCAAGGGCCGCUCAAGAUCUUCCUCGGGCAAGAAGAUGAAGAAGGCUAAAGCUGUGACGCCGACGAACGGCAACGGCGUGCCCAAUCCGAACGCGGGCCAGCCCGGCAUGGCGGCGGCCAACCAGCAGCCGCAGUUCAUGCAGCAGCCGCAGCAGUGGUUCCCCACGCCGCAGCCGCAGCCCGCACAGAACUACUACAACCCGCCAGGAGUGAACCCUCGCGGUGUGGCGCCGCCCUCCAACACCCAGUCGAAGCAGGCGCUCAGCAAUAUGCUGCGCCAGCGACUGCCUUACAACCAGAUGGCGCAGAUGCAGUCGAGCGGAUACCCGGGAGCGGCGCACGCGCGCGCGCCCUACCCGCGCCCGGGCAUGCGGCAGAUGCAGCCCAACCAGAUGGCGGUGGGCCAGAUGCAGCCCAACCAAAUGGCACCAAUGGGGGCAAUGGGCGGUAUGGGUCCUAUGAGUCAAAUGGGUGGUGUUCAAAUGGGCGGGCAGAUGGGCGCCGGGCAGAUGGCCGCCGGGCAGAUGGCCGCCGGGCAGAUGGCCGCCGGGCAGAUGGGCGGUGGGCAGAUGGGGGGCAACCAGAUGGGGGCCGGGCAGAUGGCCGCCGGGCAAAUGGGCGGCAUGGGCGGCCAGAUGUUCGGAAACCAGUACGGCGGGAUGCAACAGGGUUACGGCUUUGGACAACAGAUGAUGCAAGGUGGACAGCAGCAAAUGAUGAACCAGGGUAUGGGCCAAGGAGGGAAUCAAAUGGGGCAACAAGUCAACACGAUGGGGCAAGGGGUCAAUUCCAUUGGUCAAAACGUCGGUCAGAUGAACCAGGGAAUGGGACAGACCGCCCAAAUGCCACAGGGCAUGGGUCAAAUGGGUCAAGGCAUGAACCAAAUGGGGCAGCCCAUGGGGCAAAUGGGUCAGAUGAGUCAAGCCGGAGGUAUGGGCUCCAUGAACAGCCAAGGGGGUGGCAUGGGACCACAAGGGGGUAACUCAAUGGGAGGCUUCCCGGGGCAACAGACAUUCCAACAGAAUAUGAUGGGCGGACGAGCGAGCCAAGAAGCAUACUUGGCGCAACAAAGACAGAAUGCGCGGCCGCAGUACAUGCAGCAGGCACCCAAUGUGACGAUGGGCGGCAUGGGCGGGCCGACCCCGCCUUACCCGCGAGGGAUGCAGCCUCAACAAACUGCGCAGUACCAACAACAAAUGACGCAACAACGCAUGCGACAACAGAUGCUGGCCAUGCAACAACAACAACAAGGCCCGUUGGUGCAGCAUCUGCAGCGGCAACAGCAAUAUCAGCAGCCGCCGUACUAAAACUAAUCACGAACAAGACUGGCAACCCUAACAUGCUACCACGCUUUGAAACGCGUGUGGCCAGAGAUACUAACGACCAUAGAUGGGCUUUACGGCCAGUAUUUUCUACAGCUUAUUCGGAAAAGUUUCAGCGUAAAUUUGUAAGCGUUGUGUUCGUGGAGGAAUUUUUGAUAAGAAAUUGGGAAAAUACUUGGCGUACUUAGUGUGGUUGCUUACCACCAAUUCUUACCUACAUUUACGAAACAUUACAAAACCUUCUGGACCAUUAUGUUGAAUUCUAGUAUACUUUUCUUUUAAAUAGAUCAAUUGUUGCAAAAAACUUGUUCAAUUUUUUGUCGGAGUGAUUGAUUGGGCUCUGUGGGUCGAAAGAUAUUGUGGACUAAGACUAGCACUGCGUGAUACGAUCCAUUACCCACUGCGUGAUACGGAAUGCUAACGCCUAAAAGCUAUCGAGAAUUCUGGAGUCGGUACAGCUAGUUAAUAUAGAGGCUAUUUAAUAUGGAGCUAGUUAAUAUGGAGGCCCUGGAUUUUUUAAAAUAUCCAAUGUAAACAAAGUAAGUUGAAUUUAGCUCAGUUUAUUUAAAUCAUUUUCACUGGAAAUGCAAUAGAUCUCAAUCGAAGAAACAUUUUGCUAUUUCUGUUUCCAAAUAUUUUCAUGCAUCUUCAUCUUAACUGUAAAUCACUUUUUAAUUAUCUGAAAAGUAACUUAUGUUCAUUUAAGAAUGUAAUUAAAUCUAUAAUCAUGUUAGAUUAAAAAAGUAUCAAGUUAUUUACUCAUUUUAGCAAGAAAAUGGUAAGAACAAUUCACUUAUUUCUAAGAAACAAUGUUAGGGUAUACUAAUUUCGAUGUCGAUGUCGAAGUCCGUUCGCUCUGAUAGUGUUGUCGGUGGAAUUUAUUUUCAAUAUUUUUUCAACUUCCUAGAUGAUUUUGGUUUUAUGUGCUUAUCUCCUGGUAUUUGUUUGGAUUAACAAAGAUCACUAUCAAAGCCAACGAACAUUUAGCUUUAUUUAUUUAAUAAGUAUUUUAUUUUUAAUAAGUAUUUUAUUUGUAUUCCUAAAAUCUCAAAUCAACCUUUACAUAUUUUUAAGUAAAAUAAUUGUUUAUUGAAUGGCAUCACGCCACCAUUCUGUUGUAAAUAUAUAAAUGCUGACAAGACAUUACAUAUAUAUGUAAAUAUUGUUUAUAUAAAAUAUACAAUUUAAUCUAA